AGCAGGACCUGUCGUUUUGCUCUCCCGCUAGAGUGAAGAGUGAAGCUCUCGCGAGCACAUCGAGCUUCAUCUCCAAUUCCAUUUCCAUUUCAAUUUCACAUUCUCUCUGUUUAUCUUUCCAUAAUGCCUCCAAGAAUCCUAUUAUGCGGCGACGUUUUUGGGCGGCUAAACCAGCUCUUCAAGCGCGUCUCAUCGGUGAACAAAUCGGCGGGUCCAUUCGACGCGCUUUUCUGCGUGGGUCAGUUCUUCCCGGACUCGCCGGAGCAGCUCGACGAGUUCAUGGCCUACGUCGAAGGCAGCUCCCAAAUUCCGAUUCCUACUUACUUCAUCGGCGACUAUGGCGUCGGUGCCGCUAAAGUAUUGCUGGCGGCUUCCAAGGACUCCGCCAAUCGUGGUUUCAAGAUGGACGGUCUCAGAGUCUGCGAAAACUUGUUCUGGUUGAAAGGCAGUGGCAAUUUCUCCCUCUUUGGUUUAUCUGUGGCCUAUUUAUCCGGGAGAAAAUCACCGGAAGGGCAACAGUUUGGAACCUACAGUCAGGAUGAUGUUGAUGCUUUGCGAGCAAUAGCCGAGGAACCCGGAAUUGUGGACUUGUUCUUGACUAAUGAAUGGCCAACUGGGGUGACAAAUAGAGCUUCAGAUAUUCCUGCUGGAUUCUCGGAUUCCAUAGGCAGCGAUUCAACCAUAUCGGAGUUAGUACAAGAGAUUAAACCACGCUACCAUAUUGCAGGCACUAAAGGUAUAUACUAUACCCGUGAACCAUAUUCCAAUGUUGAUGCUGUGCAUGUGACUCGUUUCAUAGGGCUUGCUUCUGUUGGAAAUAAAGAUAAGCAGAAAUUUAUUCAUGCACUUUCUCCCACUCCAGCAUCUACCAUGUCUUCCACUGAGAUUGCCAUGAAAACCACAAAUAGCACCUUAUCACCAUACACACUCAUGGAAAAAAGUACAUCUCCGAAGGAUGUCUCUAAGAGAUCUGGUGAUGUGAUGUCUGACGAUCAAUAUUGGAGAUAUGAUGUUUCUCAAAAGCGUCGAAGACAUGAUGCUGGGGAAGGGGAAAAAAUAUGUUUCAAAUUUGUAUCUUCUGGUUCUUGCCCACGUGGAGAGAAGUGCAAUUUUCGACACGAUGGGGAUGCAAGGGAACAAUAUAAGAGAGGGGUUUGCUUUGAUUUUUUGAAUAAAGGAAAAUGUGAAAGGGGUCCAGAUUGCAGCUUUAAGCACAGUUUGCAGAAUGAAGGCGAUAUGCCUCCUUCUAGGCGGCCUGGAUCUGAAAAUACUAGAUCAAAAGAAUGUUGGUUUUGCUUGUCAAGCCCCAAUGUGGAGUCUCACUUGAUCAUAAGCAUUGGUGAAAAUUACUACUUGGCACUGGCUAAAGGUCCACUUGUUGAAGACCAUGUGCUGAUAGUACCAGUUGAGCAUAUGCCAAGUACCUUGUCUCUGUCAUCUGAAUCUGAAGUUGAGCUCUGUCGGUUUCAGAACAGUCUUCAGAGGUAUUGCAAGAGCCAGGGAAAGGAAGUCAUCUUUUUUGAGUGGGUUUCCAUACGCGGCACUCAUGCAAAUCUUCAGGCCAUUCCUAUUCCAUCUUCCAAGGCAGUUAUGGUUGAAAAGGCAUUCAAUUUAGCUGCACAAAAGAUGGGAUUUAAAUUUGUGUCCAAGAGUUUUGAUAGCAUUUCUGAUGGAAGAAAAUUUCUGAAGACACAAGCUGAUGGGGAGUCAAGCUUGUUCUAUGCCGAAAUCCCAGGAGGCACAAUUCUGCUGCACCGUGUUGAGGAGAAAGUGAGAUUCCCUGCCCAAUUUGGACGUGAGGGUUGCUCAAUAUGGCAGACAAUGCAGACUGGAGGAAUCGCAAACAUAACAAAGAGGAAGAAAUGAAAAUCGUAGAAGAUUUCAAGAGCCGAUUUCAAGAAUAUGAUCCAAACUGUUAAUUGUUCAUACAUCGAAGACUCAAUUUUCAGCAGUGCCACUUGUGAUUACAGUCUCUUUUGGUUAAAUGUCCAAUUGCUUUAGGUGCUGAAUGCCAAAUUAAAAGUUGUUCAUUAUGUGACAUGAAUUGGUGUUCAUGAGACUUAAUGAUGUGAUAUUUUUCUCAGCAGUUUCCACGGUAAAUCUCCACUUUCUUAACACGGAUUCCCUGUGCCAUCUUUCUUUCUAUACAUGGUUGAUGAAUUGUAAUGUGACAAUCAGAUGUGCAUUGUGGAGAUGCCACCUCAACUUUGGGUUAGGAUAUAUUUCAAGUGAAGAAUCAUAAAUCUAAAGUCGCUAUUCUAUCAAGCUGUAUGCAGCAACCAACUUGCACGAGCUUGCAUUGAAGCUCUGAAACAAGCUGGCUUAGUUGAGGGUGAGGUGAGGGAGGUUUGUUCCAACUUUCAACCGGUGAAUUUGUAUCAUUUUGUACGAUAUUAUUUAGACGUUACAUCUUACAAUAUUUGUGCUGGUAGUUUUCGUAGAGUUAACAGUGUAUAUUUUAUAGCCAUAAUUUUACUGGCUUAUGAAAGGCCCUUGUUAUGGAAAUUGAAUUCUGUUUAGUUUGUAGUAGUUUGUAUUAUGUAGCCUCUCUCUCUCUCUCUCUCUCUCUCUCUCUCUCUCUCUCUCAGGUUUGGGAGGAUUGGAGGAAUGAGUUCUUUAAUAUCAUGUAAUGAUGUAAUAUGCAUACGAUCCUGAUUGUGAUUUGUUCCUUUUGGUUCAUGCGUUGAACUUUUGAUUGGAGUCCGAAAAUCUAUAAUCUGAGGGUAUCUCUAUAUGUCUCAUGUGGGUAUAUGUGGCCGUACUUUGAUCUUUCAUUUGAUCAUUUCGUUGGUGAGGAAUUCCUUCACGCACAAGAGUAUGAUUUAGAUUGAAAAGUAGCGGCCUAACGCUGUAUUAUGUGUUUACAAGAAUUUUCCUUUGUGGUUUGUUAAGCCGACAUAUUACAUAGAUAAAAUAAUAAAUAAACUGAUCACAAUCUGCCCCUCAAAUGAAAUCGAUGA